AUCUGACGGUUUCACGUUUGUUUUGCCUUCUUCGUCACUUGUAAAAUCUUUUAAAAUCUGCUGCAGAGGUUACUAUUUGUGCUGCUUACCAAUACAGGCGAGGUUGCAGUUUUCUGAGGGAGCCCCACCAAUAACACAUUUAUUACAGGCUCCUUUUGUAGAUUUUCACCUGUAGUUCCUCUUCAAUAUGUUUCUGGCCAAAAAACUCAUUGGUGGCAUCCUGGAUGUUGUGAGCAAUGUUGACCCCGGUCAAUUCAUGCCAUCAGAGCCUCCCCCACCACGCAGACCUCUGGCCUACGCUAAGCCGAAGGAGAAUGACGAGGAGACACAGUUUCGCAAGGUGUUCCAGCAACUCGCUGGGGAUGACAUGGAGGUGAGCCCCACUGAACUGAUGAACAUCCUCAACAGGAUCAUUGGCAAACGUAGUGACCUGAAGACUGAUGGCUUUAGCAUCGAGUCAUGCAGGAGCAUGGUGGCUGUCAUGGACAGCGACAGCACAGGAAAGCUAGGUUUCCAUGAGUUCAAGUUUUUAUGGAACAACAUUAAGAAAUGGCAGUGCAUCUACAUAUCAAAUGACACGGACCGCUCAGGGCUCAUCUCCUCACAAGAGCUUCCUGCUGCCUUCAAAGCUGCAGGCUUCCCUCUCAACGACCAGCUCUUCCAGUUGAUGGUACGCAGGUACAGUGAUGAACAGGGCAACAUGGACUUUGACAACUACAUUGGGUGCCUGGUCAGACUGGACGCUAUGUGUCGAGCUUUCAAGACUCUGGACAAAGAUGAUGAUGGAAUCAUCAAAGUCAACAUCCAGGAGUGGCUUCAGUUGACCAUGUACUCAUAAAACAUCAGGGAAAGCCUACAAAAAUCCUACAUUCAUCUCUUCAUUUAUCUCUCUCUCUUUCUCUUAUUUUAGAUUUUUAUUUCAUAUGACCAUUGUUAUUAUUGUUUACAGACGUUCAUACGUCAUUUAGUCAUGCAAGUUCAUUCAAUUCUUCACUAGAUGGCAGCAUUGCAGCAACCUAGGAAAGCACAAAUCCAUUUUCUGUCCAAUAGGCCAAACUCAAAUACCUUUCUAUAUUCCCAAAUAUUUUAAAGUUUUGUGUUUUCCUUUUUUCCAGCAAGACACUUGGUCAAACAUUCCAUACUGCUAUGUAAUGUAAUAUAUACAUUCUAGUGCUCAAUAAAGGGGCAAUAUUAGCUAAUACUUGCAGAUAUCUCAUUUAUUACAAUUUCUAAAUGUUCUGCUUUUGCUCAUUAAAGAAAUGUUCUCUCGUA